AUUUAAAUAGUGCCUUGCGCAAUUUGAUGAAUAGUGUCGUUGUCAAAAGCGCUGGAAACAGAUCAAGGAACGUUGAUAGAUGGACAGCUGGAAGAGAGAGGAGAGGAAGAGGAGCUGCGUCAUGCCUCCUCCUCACGGUUACAUGUAGUUAUUUCUCUUCGGAGCUGGAUCUCGGGGCGACUUUCCUCAACUCUUACCGUGUUGUCCCGGGCUUUAUGUUGUGUUGCUUUGCGUUUGUUCUGGAGAGCUAUGGAAGGCAGAACAUGCCAAGUCUAAGUGUUACAACUGCAUGUGUGUCGACGUUCCUGUGAAUAUUUUCUCAGCUUCUCAAACUUUACUACAGGCGGAAAAGCUUCGGCUCGUAAAGGAGCCUUUGAGGGCCCACAUCAGCAUGGUGAACAGCCAAGCGUCAGGCAUACCGCCAGCCCCCAGGUCAUGUGCAGGAUGCGGGGGGAAGAUUGCAGACCGCUUCCUGCUCUUCUCCAUGGAGCGCUACUGGCACACUCAUUGCCUCAAGUGCUCUUGCUGCCAAGCCCAGCUGGGGGACAUUGGCACCACCUGCUACAGCAAAGGGGGCAUGAUUCUGUGUCGAAGUGACUACAUCAGACUGUUUGGGCACAGCGGGGCGUGCAGCGCCUGCGGCCAGUCGAUCCCAGCCAAUGAAAUGGUGAUGAGGGCGCAGGGAAAUGUUUACCACCUCAAGUGUUUCAGCUGUGCCACCUGUAGAAACAGACUAAUGCCUGGCGAUCGUUUCCAUUACAUCAACGGUACAAUCUUCUGUGAGCACGACAGACCUGGCGCUGUCUUGCUCAACAGCCACCUGCCUCCACUUCAGAGCAGCUCUGUGCUGACAGACCAGAAGGUAUGCUGAGUGGCAGAAGUGCUGAGUGUCGCCCUCACCCUUCCUCCGAGCUUCACUUUUCUUCGGUGCACUGUUCUUCUCCUGCUACUGUCAUUGUUGUGGAUUCUCAUCACGACCCGCCUCUCCUCCUCAGGGAGGACACAGUUUCUCACCAACAUCCCUGCCCAUCACCAUGCCAGAGACUAUGUACCACAUUCAAAGUCCCAUUUAUGUCGUGUUCAGCGUUAAUGUGGUCUGUGCAUCAUGCAAAGACUUAGUGCUGACUGCACUGGCAAAAGGCUGUUUCAGGACUUUCAGGAAAAGUGGAGGAAAACAAUGACGAUGAAAGCCUGCACCAACAGGAAGGUGGAAUCAAAGAUCCUCAAAUGAACAUUUGAUGGACUGCUGUAAAAUGACUGUCAAAGCUUUGCUUAUGCCAUGUGGCAUCCAUUUCCCUGAGCGUCAGUGUUUUUAAUGAACUCUUGAUCUCUCUCUUGUAUUUGUUAAUCUGAGAUCUAACACACUGAGUAUGGAAUAUAAAAUUGAUGGGUGUCAGGCAAAAAUCCAGAGUAUCUGUAAGUAUUCAUUCAUAGAAAACCUUUUAAUGAGAUUAAAAAAUGUUUGUCAGAAGUGAGAUUCAAAUCUUGAACAUAAACUUUUUUUAAAAAUACUUGAGGAUAACAAAAUGUAAUGUUGCUGUAUGAUUACUUUUCAAACGCCCUGCACAAAGCACUGAAAAAUCCAGUGACAUUUUUUUCUUUUCCUUCUGUAGAGUUUCAUUUCUUCAUCAGAUGCCAGUUCAAUGUGUGAAAAACAAAUUGUGGAGUUAAAAUUAAAAAUCCUAUAAAAUGA